GGAACGGUAACGGACUAGCGCGCCCUUAAUACUCGUCGUCGCGGGGGAAAAGUUCUGCGAAAUCUGAAGAGCUGCCGAUUUCAAGCUUCGACUCAAGAGACAAAACUGGUAAACCUGUUUCAUUGAGUUGUUUCUGUUCUACCUUCAUUCACCAUGGCGGACGAAGAACCUGUUGAUCAGAAGAAGUAUUUUGAGGAAUCUUGCAAGCCGAAGUGUGUUAAACCUUUACUUGAAUAUCAGGCAUGUGUUAAGAGGAUUCAAGGUGAUGAAACUGGUCACAAACACUGCACAGGACAAUACUUUGACUAUUGGUCAUGUGUGGAUAAAUGUGUUGCGCCGAAGCUUUUCACAAAACUCAAGUAGAUGAAAUGUAGUAUUUUCUGCACCAUUAUCUUAUCUAUCAUUUUUUACUUCCGAACAUUUUGAUUGGCUUUUUUGUGUACUGCAAACUAGCCAUGUUUGUUUUGGUGCUAGUUCUCACCAAGUAUAAUUUUUUUUGAACAGUGAAGAUCUUGGGUUAGACCAAUAAAACAUGAUAUUCUAGAAUUGAACUUGGUUGAAGACUUAAUGUUUUUUGUGAUAAUGCUGAAGAUAGUGAAAUUUUGUGAGAUGAAAAAUGCAGGAGAUGACGCCUAGAGAUUAAUAAGGUAAAUUGAAAAUAAUCAAUUAAUCAUAAGAGCUGAUGGUGGUGCAGAAACACCCCUCUGCAAGAUAACUGAUCUGUCAACUGAAGCUGUAGGGGUAUUGAUUUUACUUUCAACUGUAUGGAUGGAUGGAUGGUUCGGCAAAUGUGCUUUUAGGCUUCCUUUGUAUGCGGUGCAAUUUCGUUCUCAGUCUCACUCAUACAAUUGCUUGUUAAUGCAAAUGUAAAAUCUGGUUUAAUUUUA